GCGACAAUUUUUAGAAUGUUGGAGUUCAAGGUGAAAAAUUCUGAGCCCAGAGAUGAUGGCUGCGUUGAAAUAUUUGGCAGGAAUUGUUGGGCCAAGUGGCUAUGGCUCCAAAACUACUGCUCAACAAGUUGCUGAUGAUUGCUUCUCCUCCAUGCCUUCAUCUCAUCUCACUGCAAUAGUCACUGGCGCGACGUCGGGGAUCGGUAAAGAGACAGCAAGAGUGCUUGCCAAGGGAGGUGUGAGAGUGGUAAUUCCAGCAAUGGAUUUGAGGGAGGGAGAAGGAGUCAAGGAAAGUAUACAAAAAGAGAGCCCAGAAGCUGAGAUAAUCAUAUUGGAGUUAAACUUGAGCUCGUUUGCUUCAAUCAAAAGAUUUUGCUCUCACUUCUUAUCUUUAGGAUUGCCGCUACACAUCCUCAUAAACAAUGCUGGCAUAAUGUCGCGACAACUGGAAUUUUCUGAAGACCAAAUUGAGCUUACUUUUGCAACAAAUUAUUUAGGCCAUUUUGUAUUGACAGAAAUGCUAGUGGGGAAAAUGGUGGAGACAGCUGCAGAAUCUUGCAUAGAGGGGAGAAUAGUGAAUGUCUCCUCUGCGAGUCACAGUUGGGUGGAUAGCAAACACUUUUGCUUCAACGAAUUGCUCCACCCUAAAAGCUACAGUAUCAUGAAAGCUUAUGCUCAAUCAAAAUUAGCCAUCAUAUUACAUGCCAGGGAACUAUCAAGACAGCUCAAGGCAAAAGAAGCAAAUGUGACCAUCAAUGCUGUCCAUCCAGGGUCUAUCGGUACCGGAAUUGUGAAAGAUUUCAAAGUCUUGCAUUUGCUUUCAGGUUUUCUCGGUUCUAUGCUCUCCAAAUUUCUCAAGUCAAUACCACAGGGUGCGGCUACAACAUGCUAUGUCGCAUUGAGCCCUCGACUAGCUGGCGUAAGCGGCGCGUAUUUCGCAGACUGCAAUGAGAGCCACUGCUCAGCCCUCGCCAGUGACGACAACAUUGCUCGGAGCCUUUGGAAACAGACACAUCAACUCAUCAAUAAUUGGGAAGGAAAAGAAAGUCAAAAUUAAAUGAUUAGAAUAUAACAUCUGUUAAGGUGAACUAAGCUCUUGAGAUGAGAAUAGAGAUUUCAUUUCAUUAUGAAAAACUGAAUUACAAAGAGAAAUUUACACAACUAUAUAUCUACAGAAGUUGUGAAGAAGAGAGAGACUGUUACAACAAACUACAACUAAUUGUGUAACUACUAUUUGACACGUGUGCAUAGCUGCUGUUGCUCUUUACUGUUAUUCCAAUGCUUCAAUACUCCCCCUUUGAGUCCUAACCAGGAGUGAUGGCUACCAAAUUGAGUUUAUCACGAAAAAGACUAAAGCGCGUAUCAGCCAGUGGUUUAGUGAAUAAAUCUGCGAGCUGUUCAUCAGAGGGAACAUGCCCCACAUCUAACAAGCCAUCCUUAAUCUUCUCACGAAUGAAGUGUACGUCCACUUCUAUAUGUUUAGUGCGGGCGUGAAAUACCGGGUUUCCAGCUAAGGCGAUGGCACUGAUAUUAUCACACCAUAGCUUUUGAGGAGAUGUAAGAGAUAUACCAAGCUAUGUACACAAAGCAUGGAGCCAAAUGAUGUCGGUGGUAGCAGUAGCCAUACUCCGAUACUCUGAUUCUGCACUACUACGUGAAACAACAUCUUGAUUCUUGGCAGCUCAUGUGACAAGAUUGGACCCCAGAAAUAUGCAGUGGCCGUCAGUGGAGCAGCGAUCAUCUACACAACUAGCCCAAUCCGCAUCCGAGAACCCCACUAUCUGAGUAAUAUGAGAAGAUUUGAAGGCUAGGCGAAGAUGAAAAGAACCUUUAAGAUACCUGAGCAUCUGUUUGCAAGCAAUCCAGUGAUAAUUUGUUGGUGCAGAGAGAAAUUGACUCAAUUUGUUGACUGCAUAAGCAAUAUCGGGCCUGGUGAUAGUUAGAUAUUGCAGCGCCCCAAUGGUGCUUCUGUACAGUGUGGGAUUAUCAAAUAAGAGACCAUCAGCCUUUGACAACUUGGUGGCAGGUGUCAUAGGUGUAGAGCAGGCUUUGCUAUCCAACAUCUUGGCUUUUGUAAAUAGCUCAUGUAUAUAUUUGUGUUGACACAAAUAUUCAGGUCUGUCCAGGGGAAAACAAAGUUGUUGAGGAAGGAAGGUCCAAUAGAGCGGAAACCGAAGGAAUGUGGUUGGAAUGGGCAUUACCAGGCCCAGAUUGCAAUGUUAUGUUUACCAGCAUGGAGCUUCGGCUGCAGUACCUCUACAGUCUAACUUGGGGCAUGGGAACCUGAAGCAACCCACCUGGUAUGAAUCAAACCGAAGGAAGCAAUCCGCCUGACCACUACAAUGAGGAGCAGACAGCCAAAGCCAGGAAAGGAAAGUAAAUCUCGGGGAUUUGGAGGAAGCGAACGGAAGAAGGAGGAAGGAGCUAGAAGCAUCGAAAAAAAGGGAAAGGUUGACUACAACAAGCAGCUGGAAACUAUCUUCAAUUGGAUCAAUCAAGGAUUGAGCUAAAGAAGGAAAGAAGAUAUCUCGAUGAAGAUAUGAAGCUGGCGCAGCUAGGGUUAGACCUUUACCAUUCGGCAGUAUAAAAGAAGGGUGGUGUGCAGAGUGAAAGAACUUCUUGGCACUUUUGAACUCUGUUUUAUUUAGUUUAUUACUUUAAACCUGCCGUGUGUGGCAUCCAAACAAUUUUACAUUCCAGUACUAUUUCCUAUUUCCGUUGUGUUUUCAUUCGAACAAGAUUCAAGGCUCGAGGCCGUAGGUAUCAUUUCUAUUAAUCAAGUAUUUCCUUUUUGUUACAUGAUG